AUGCCCCACAUCAAAUGUACCUGUCGGAGUCUGUGGGACUUAAACGAAAUCAUUGCUUCGUCCGUUUUCUACCAAACUCGCCCUCCCAGUCCGCCGGUACCGCUUCCUUGCGUCCCGGGUCCCAAACUGGCCCCCUUUACCCGGACUGCUUACGCCGAUGAUAUUGAGUUCAUCCAGUUUCUCGGUCGCGAGAACGACGUAGACUCUCUGGUCUGGAAGGUCAAAAUCAACAAAGCUGGGCCCUUUGUCCUCAAGGUGUUUUACUUCUGGCACUGGGACUUUCUCCGUAGGAACCAGGGCGGUGACCUCACAAGGCGGCUCGCUAGCCCGCAGCUCUAUGUCGACUACUUUGACCCGUUCAAUUGUGAGUGCCGUGCCUAUGGCCGACUCAAGCAGGAAAAGCGCGAGGAUCUGGCCGUUAGGGCCCUCGGCUAUCUUCUUUUCAACCCCCAGCAGGAAAUCGACUUGGCCCAGAAGGUUGAAGGUCGGUCUACGCCGCCCCCCUCCGCUAACGCUACUACUAUGGAUGGCGAUUUCUGGGGGUGGCAGGAGCAGCAUCGCGGACUGCCUGUCCGGGCUAUCGUUAAGGACCUCGUCGCCAGCAAGGCUCCCGACCCUGCGCAGGACGCGGGCUUAUGGUUGGACCUACAAGCCCUCCACUCGUUAGGCAUAUUCGUGAAGGAUACACACGGUGGUAACUACCUAAACGGGAAGCUCGUCGACUUUAGCCGCUCGUGGACCAUGUAUCACCCGGCCUUAGAUCAAAUUGACGCCUAUACACUAAGAAGCCUUAUGCUAGACGAGCUACAGCAUUUGCUGGACUAUUACUGCGACGGGGCAAACGAUUCGACAGCGUAUAACUGGCUCAAAUGGGAGACGAACGCCGAUGCGGCAAAGGCGUACGUGGAACAAGAGCUGUUUGAGAGGACGCCAGGCGCUGCCGUGGACGUUUUGUAA